ACCUCCACGCAGGGCAGAGGAGAACGGAGAGCCUGCAAAAGAAAGCCUUGAGGAGAAGGACCAGGCAUCAGAGAUGCACUAGCAUCUUCUCCCCCCACUCAAGGGACCCAGGAAUCCAGCUGCCCAGCCUAGCCAGGCGAAAUGUCCUCCAGGCAUGAAGAACGAGGCCUCUACCUUACGAUCUACCUGCUCACCAUCCUAACAGGCUUCCCUACCAACCUGCUGGCCAUGUCUGCCCUCAUCCAGAAGCUGAGGACCAAGGCGACCCCCAACUGCGUCCUCCUCCUCAACCUCACUCUUUCCGAUCUUUGCUUCUUGGCCUUCUUGCCCUUCAAGGUGGUGGAGGAAAUUGCUGGCCACUGGCCGCUUCCUUCCCUCCUGUGCCCCCUCAGCGGCCUCCUCUACUUCAGCACCAUUUACUCGAGCACGCUCUUCCUCACAGCGGUGAGUGUGGAGCGCUACCUGGGAGUCGCCUAUCCCAUCCGUUACAAGCUGAGGUGUCAUUCAGCCUACGCGGCUGUGGCCAGCCUCGGCCUCUGGGCCUGUUCUUUCGCCCACUGCAGCAUUGUGUUCAUCACCGAGUUCCAGCGCCAAGACAACCAUUCUUGGCCAAAAGACACUUCCAGUGACGUCUGUUAUGACAACUUCACGACUGAGCAGCUUGCCGUCCUGCUCCCCUUCCGCCUGGAGCUUGGCAUUGUCCUCUUCCUGAUCCCGUACUUGAUCACCUGCUUCUGCUACUGCGGCUUUAUGAGGAUCGUGAUCUCCUCCCCACACAUCCACCGGAACAAAAAGCAACGUGCUGUGGGGCUGGUGUCGGCCACUUUAGCUGUCUUCAUCAUUUGCUUCUCCCCCUACAACAUCUCCCACGUCGUUGGCUUUAUCCAGGGGGUAAACCCAGAGUGGAGGGACAAGGCCUUGCUUCUCAGCACCUUCAAUGCUAGCUUGGACCCCAUCAUCUUCUACUUCUCUUCUUCCACUGUGCAACGUUCAUGGUGGGGGUUCCUGACCCAGAUGGAAAGGCUCUGCACUUUGCCUUCUUUGGUCCGGAAGCUGUUCUGCAAAGAGACGGAGACUCUGAGGAGAACAGCUCCCCGGGACCAGAUUUACUGUUCCACAUCUGUGGAACUUCCCAUAUCCGUGGAAACGUAUCGAAACUUUCUGCAUAUGCCACAUGGACAGUGCGAUGUUUGACAGAUAUAGUUUCAGGCAUUCAAAAUGGAAACCGUUCUGUCAUGCCUGAUGUUGGACCUGUAGUUUCUUCAUCUCCAGGUUAGCUGUUGGGAAGUGUGGAUGAACAUCCACAGAAUGCCUUCUUCACAUCAGGUGAAAUCACUAUAUUCCCCACCUUGGUUCUAGAAACCUGGGACUAGUGAUGUGUAAAGUUCUUCUGGCCCCAGUUCAGAACAGGGCUCGAGAAAACAAUGUAUUUUGGUGAGUUUGGUGUUGAAUGUAAAAUUUGUUUUGUUUAUGAGGCUAUGCCAGUCUAGGCUUGACUGUCAGGAACCUUCACCCCAUAAUCUGAACACCCUGUUUGCCUGUUACCCUGGAAGUGCAAAAAGAGGAAGUGUGGCUGGCUCACGGUUCCUGUUGGUGACACUUUCUUGUAAUUUGUCACACAACUCUAUGGAGCUGAGAGAACUCAAAAGGCUCUAGCAUCCACGGUUGGCCCUACCUGGACUGUGAGUGCCCCCUGGAGGACACCUGAGGAAGCAUCUUCAACCUAAAUACAGUUCUAAAGAUGCAAGGUGAAAUGACCCAAAGAGGCGUAUAAUAAAUAGUGGUUCCUAUUAUAGCAAUAGCAAUAUUAUGGGAGAUAAGAGGAGAGGCAGGAAAUAUUGGAGUGUGUGUGUGAGAGAGAGAAAGAAAGAGAGAAAUCAGAAAAGGUAAAAAGGAGAAGGCAAGAAGGAAAGUGAAGAAAUUUAACGAGAGAGACCAUGAAGACAGAUACAAAGCAAUAUAAGCAGAGAAAAAAGAGAGGACAUUCUGAAGGCAGGGAAUGAUUCAGAUUUGUUCAUUAUUAAUGCCCUUCCCGGUGUUUGCACAAAAAAGUCAUAAAAGCCAAAUCCGAUUGGAUGAACUCGGCAACCUUGCUCAUAGCCUGUAUGGCAAUGUAUGCCGGAAUAGUGCGGUGUAGUGGUUAGCGCGUCAGACUAGAAUUAUAGAGAUCUGGAAGUUGUACAGUCCAACUAUCUCAUGUACUACAGACAAUUCCUGUUCCAGGAAUUGUCUCUGGGCAAUCCAGGAUUGUCUCUGGGCAAUCAUUUUCUCUGUUUUGCCCUUAUUUCUCUCUCUCUCUCUCUCUCUCUCUCUCUCUCUCUCUCUCUCUCUCUCUCUCAGGAGUGGGGAUGCCCUGUUAAAUUUUCCCUACAUUUAGUUAGGGUUCUCAUUCUCCGGGCUUGAGAAUGAGGCCGUCCACCAAGCAUAUCCCCGUUUUCCUCUGUGAGAUGUCAGAGGGGAAGGUAACGAGGCAUUGCUUGCAAUUUUUAGCAUCUGGCCUGCAUGGCCAGUGCUGUAUUUGCCAUCGCAGACCAGAGGGUGGUCCUGUGGACCGCUUAAUCCACAGCCCCAGAUAGAUGAGCCCCAAUGGCUGGGUCAAGCUGGGGUGAUUCAGCUGCUGAUUUCUCAGCUUUCUCUGCUGCUGCCCUCCAGCACAAAAGUGGCUCAUUAGCCUCUUGACACUCAUCUGCCUGGAUGGGAGGGAGGUGAUGAGCUAUAGAAGUUGACAAAGAGCUGUGAAAAGAAGAAGAAGAAAAAGAAGCCAUCCAGAUGUCAGGCUUUAUUACCCUGCAAAUGAUAACCUGUUCUUGGUGAUGCAAAGUGGUUCGCAGAGAGAUAGGAGAGCAUAUCAGAGAGUUGAUAACAAUGGCCGUUUCCUUUGUUAUAAAAAGAGAGAGAAACGAAUCCAAGGCAACUUGCUCAGAUCCAGAUGGAGGAAAAAAUGGCAGAGGGGAUAGAAGCGUGGAGCCCAGCCUCCGGUUUUCCUUCUCUUGGUCUAGAAACGAACCAGAGUGCUUAAAAGGUGGACAGGGAUGGAAGGCACAAUUUCUGGGUGUAUCGAUUCGCUUCGCCUCCCCUUCUGGGAGCCUUUCAGUGGCUCUGCAUCUCCAGUGAUGGAACAUUUGGCCAUGCUAAGCUCCAGGGGAAGUUAAGAAAAUGUAAUCAGCUAAGGUUUGCAAAGCAUUUGAUGCUGUUAGAGGAGACCAUAAUGCAAUAAUUGUUGCUCAAGUUCUCUCCUUCAGGGGGAAAAAAAGGCAACUCUUACAGCACCCCCAGUGAUGGAAUGGGAGUCAUACACACCUGCCUCUUUGUUAAGAGUGGAAUUCAUCAAACGUAUUGUGUCACCAUUAUAUCAACUAAUACUAUGAAUAUUUCUUUACUGCUUUUCAACAGAACUUCCCAAAGUGGUUACAGAGAUAAAAAAUAAAAUAAAAUAAAGUGGCUCUCUGUCCCCAAAGGGCUCACAGUCUAAAAAAGAAACAUAAGAUCGACACCAGCAACAGCCACUGAAGGGAAGGGAAGAUUCGCUCUAAUCAAUUCAAAUUCACCCAAAGUCGAAUCGAAUUUGGUUGAAUUUCACCAAAUUUGUUUCGACGGGGUUAAUUUGAAUCAAUUUGACUGAAUCUGGACUCUAUUCAGUGGUUUCAAAUUCAAAUUGAUUCGAAUUCGAUUCGAAUUCAAAUUGAUUCAAACACAUUUUGUUCACAUCCCUAGUUAUGGGGGACACUGGUUCGCAGCUGCUCUGCCACAUUCCCAGCAGCUGUCAGAGGGGGUGAUGUUAAGCAGUACUCUUGACUCUAGACGGGAUGGAAACAUUCCCUUUCUAGAUCGGAUGCACAGGACAGUCCCUGCUAAUAGAGAAGGAACCCAGACUCAGGAUAGGGGGAGAAUGUGAAGACUCCCAGGAAUGUGCCUCCUUCCUCUUCUGAUGUUUUCAAUAGACUAGAGAUGGGGAAAGCAUUUCUGAAGGAUACAGCAGGAAAAAUUGCUUAAAGGGAAGGGAAAUAAAGAGGUAUGUAAAUAAACUGUCAGAGAAAAUUCUCCAACGCUUCUCAUUUGGCGGACCCCUGAAAUUCUCUUCCAAUUUUAGUUUUUCCUUGAGAGGAACUGAAGAUGAACCCCAGAAUGCGCUUCGAAUUUCAGUUUUUCCUUGGAAGAAACCGGAGACCUUCAAAUCCCACUCUGAGAAAUGUCGGUACCUUGUAUCCAAAAUGUAUCAAUUCUGUAUGGUCUUAUGUACAUAUAUUCUGUAUGUAUGGUCUUAUGUACAUAUAUCUUAAUGCAGGCAUUUUGCCGGGUCUCUUUGUCAAAAGCCAGGGGUUCCGAACUUGUGGUACUCCAAGUGUUGCUGAACUGCAACUCCCAUAACCCCCAGCUACAAUUCAUUGUGUCUGGGGAUGAUGGGAGUUGUAGUGGUUAGAGUGCUGGACUAGGACCAGGAAGACCUGAGUUCAAAUCCCCAUUCAGCCAUGAUACUUGUUGGGUGACUCUGGGCCAUUACUUCUCUCUCAGCCUAACCUACUUCACAGGGUUGUUGUGAGGAGAAACUUAAGUAUGUAGUACACCGCUCUGGUCUCUGGUGUCGUGGUUUCAUUAAAUGUGCUGUCCACCCCUCCAUCAGCUCUGCAAUAGUGACAAUACCGGAUGGAACCUGAUGCAGCUUUGGCUUGCAUGGAACAUUGCUGCAGACUUUUUUCCUUAUCUGAUUUGAGCCUUGAUCCACAUUGCACACAGCCAGAAGAGAUGAACCCAUCGUGUAAAUAGCUCUGUCAUCUACGUGACAGACAAGCAACCAUGGAAACAGCACUCUUCCUAAUAAACUUUGUUUUACAAGUACCUGGAUCUAGAUCUAGUUAAUGCAUUCUGCAGUUUACCAUGCAUCCCAUGUCCAUCUGAGUCUAUCCUGGGACACUGAGCAGAACCUGAUCCACCAGAUAUACCAUGCUAGGGUAUACUUGUGAAUGUAUGCUAUAUCUCCACUUCUCCAGCAGGGCGCAGCAAAGAGACAACUCACCAGAUGCUAGCAGAGCGUUUCCUGCUAUCAAAUGAUUUUAAAAUUCACUUGCGUCUUCUCCGGCAGGGCAUAUGGAGCAAUUCAGCAUAAAGGUCUUUGUGGUUCCCA